AAAUCAUGGUUCCGCUCAUCUUCCGCUGGCCGGUAUAGUAUGGCGUUUCAGCAUUGUUGUUGUUGAAAAAAGACCUCAGAUUAAAAGUUUUAACAAUAGUGUCUUGUGUAAUCUAUGGGAAGAAGUUUAAAAAAACAUUAUUAAAAUAAUAAUUUUUUAAUGUUUCGAAUAUAUAAAAAAUAGCCGUAAAUAUGAAUGUUCGAAGAAAUAAUGGUACACCUGUUGACAGUUUAGAAGAAUUAGGCAUUCCAGGACAAAAUUCACUUAGAGAUGCUUUAACGAGUUGUGAAGAUCCAUUAAAAGCUAUUGAGGAGUUUCAGAUGCAAAAUGGAAUUCUACUACCUUCAUUGCGACCCAUGCUACCUUUAUUGGAUCUUCAUGGAGUUCGAAGAUUAGAUUUCCAUGCCUCGGUUCUGGAAGAGUUACGUGAAAAACUUAUUAAACGAAUAAAUGAAAUUGGAGCCGAGAGAGGUGAUAAAAGUUCAGCAACUGAUCGUAAAUUAAAAGAAAUGUUAGCAAAAAGUUUUCCUGCUGUUAGAAUCCCUGCACUUAGACCAGUUGUUAUGUGCAUUCUUCGGAAUACUCCUCACAUUGAUGAUAAAUAUUUGAAAGUUUUAGUAAGAGAAAAAGAAUUGUAUAAUGAUGCUGAUACAGAAGUUAAAAGACAAAUUUGGAAAGAUAAUCAAAGUUUAUUUGGAGAUGAAGUAUCUCCCUUGUUUAGUGGUUAUAUCAUGGAAAAAGAACAAGUUCUUUUUGAUCAUCAGAACUUAAAUAGUCUUUUCUUCACUCCUUCACCGAAGGUUAGACGACAAGGAGAAGUAGUGCAAAAAUUGGCACAUAUGAUUGGUCACAGCAUUAAAUUAUAUGAUAUGGUUUUACAAUUUCUUCGAACUCUAUUUUUAAGAACGAAAAAUAUUCAUUAUUGUACAUUAAGGGCAGAAUUAUUAAUGGCUUUGCACGAUUUAGAGGUACAAGAUAUUAUAUCAGUAGACCCAUGUCAUAAAUUUACAUGGUGUUUGGACGCCUGUAUCAGGGAAAAGAAUGUCGAUGUGAAAAGAUCAAGGGAAUUACAAGGAUUUCUCGACAGUAUUAAGCGAGGCCAAGAACAAGUAUUGGGUGAUCUAAGUAUGAUUCUUUGUGAUCCAUACGCUGUAAAUUUUUUAGCUAGCAGUGCAAUAAAAAUUGCAUUUCAUCUUAUUAAUGGAGAUUCACUUCCUAGAGAAAAUGCAGUUUUAGUUCUACUUCUUCGAAUGCUUGCCUUGGGCCUCUCUGCUUGGCAAAUGAUUGAUUCGCAAGAAUUUAAAGAACCCAAACUUGAUAGUCAAGUUGUUACCAAAUUUCUUCCAGCGUUGAUGUCUCUCAUGGUAGAUGAUCAAAUACGACAGUUGAAUCAAAAGCUUCCUCCUGAUGAGAGAGAAAGUGCCAUUGCUAUAAUAGAACACUCUGGACCACCACCAGAUGCUUGUCAAGCUUAUGCUGAACUUUCUGGUGUUGCUGCUGUUCUUUCUAUGUAUUAUGCUCUUCAUGUUGGAGGCGGAGGUAGUGGCGUUACUGCCAGGGGACGAGGAGAUGCACGAGGCCUUAUGAGAGUUUUAUCAACAUUACAAAAUUGUCAAGGACAAAGAGCAUUUGAAGAUCCGUUUCUACAUACAUUGGUUUCCUUACUUAUUGUGAAUUUAGCCGAUGAAUUUUCAAAUGAAUCAUUUUGUACAGUUAUUUUUGAUGAAUUCUUUUUGACGAGUUUAGGAAGAGAUAAUGUGAUUCGUCAUUUAUUGAAGUUAUUGUGGUACAUUCAUUCUAAAUUACCUCCAGCUCGAUUACAUACUUUGAUGAAAGCUCUUCAACCAACUGGUCAACACAAUGAAACAGUACACAGUCUUUAUGAGGCUUUACAUAAAAAACUUAUCAAUACAUCAAAUGAAACACAAACUAUGGUUUCGAAUCAAAUGGAUACUCUUACUAUGGACUGUUCUGCUUCACCACUUCCAGGAAUAUCAACUCCCAGGCAAGGGUUUCCUUAACUUUGUUUAAAAUUAACUAUAAAUUUUAUAUUUGUAUUUAUAUUAUAUUUAAUAGAAAAUUAUAUAAUUUAACUCUUCUUAUGAAAUGUUAUUUUUUGGAAUACAUAAAUAUUUGAAAUGCUA